GUCAACUGCUUUCACCUUUCAUCGCGCAGACUAAAGCAUGACGAGCAUUCUGCUGCACCAAAACUUCAACUUCGUCAUAGCAUUAGUUCUUGGAGUUUCAACGGCCUUUACCAUCCUCUUGCUGCUACUGCCAUCCAGCUACAGCCCAUCCCAGGAAGAUUUUAUAGAUGACCAUGCACCACCUGACGCUGCCGCCGACGGCCAACAACACCGAAGGCGGCAGGUCAAAGCAAAGACGUCGGUGCAAGUCGUAGUGCUUGGAGACAUAGGCAGGAGUCCACGUAUGCAAUAUCAUGCUAUCAGCAUAGCCAAACAUGGAGGUCGUGUAGAUCUCGUCGGCUACACUGAUUCAGACUUUCAUCCUGAAAUCCAAGGCAAUUCACGCAUCAACAUCAUUCCAAUUGCGCCGCCUCCAGGCUUUCUCAGAACGAGCAACCGAGUGCUGUUCCUCAUUAUUGGACCUCUGAAAGUUCUGUGGCAGGUAUGGAGCUUGUAUUAUGCCUUGGCUUAUCGAUCCAGGCCAAGCCAAUGGAUGCUCGUACAGAACCCACCGUCUAUACCAACAUUAGCAAUAGCAUCAAUGAUAUGCUUUCUACGGAACACCAAGUUGGUCAUUGACUGGCAUAACUUUGGCUAUUCCAUCCUGGCUUUGAGACUAAGCUCUUCACAUCCGCUCGUCCGAAUAUCUGAAAUCUACGAAUCUGCAUUUUCUCGUCUAGCAACAUCUCAUCUCGCAGUCACUAAUUCCAUGUGUCGAACGCUUGCAGUUGAGCACAAUGUCUCUGCCUCUCCCCUACACGACCGACCGGCUCCCAUCUUUCAGCCUCUGACAUCGACGGAACGCUCAGACUUCCUCUCUCGUUUGAGUGAGACGGCACAAUAUGCACAAGACAUCCAGAAAGGUACCUGGAAGCUCGUCGUCAGCUCCACUUCCUGGACCCCUGACGAAGACUUCUCCAUUCUUCUGGAUGCCCUCGUGAGCUACUCAGCAGCAGCAACUCGUGACUUCCGAUUACCCAGAGUACUAGCCAUCAUCACAGGCAAAGGACCCCAGAAAGAGUAUUACCUCUCAAAAAUCAACGCACUUUGUCAAGCCAAACAACUCCAGAACGUCGUCGUACAAACGGCCUGGCUCAGUACCGCAGACUAUGCGCUGCUCCUCGGAGCAGCUGAUCUUGGCGUGUCACUGCACACUUCAUCAUCGGGCGUGGAUUUGCCCAUGAAAGUCGUGGACAUGUUUGGCACAGGACUGCCAGUACUAGGCUGGAGUGACUUUGAAGCUUGGUCGGAGCUUGUCAAGGAAGACUUCAACGGCAGAGGCUUCACGAGCGCGAAGCAGCUAUCAGAGCAAUUAGCGGAAUUAUUCGGAGACGACGGUAGUCUCCUAAAACGGCUGAGAGACGGUGCAGAGAAGGAAUGCACGCAUCGCUGGGACGACGAAUGGGAUAUCGUGGCUGGAAAAAUGUUCGGGCUUGUGAACUAGUACCCGAAAUAAAAGUACAUAUUGUCCAUCAUCCGUCGCCGUGGAACAUGCUGGCUUUGUUUGCCUUUGAUGUAUCCCUAAGUAUGACUAUGCUACACAAUUCGCUCAACGAUGACGCCGUAAUGCAUGCCAAACUCAUCCAAUCUAUGAACUAACGCACAUAUGCUUCCAUCAAGCC